UCACAAAGUGUCCGUUCAGUUCAUUGUCUUGUUUCGCGUAAGCGGUACGACGUCGCUUGUCAGAAUGCAACUACUGAGAGUGACCGUGAUCGUCAUCUCCCUCUGUGCAACCUCGACAUUGGCAAGCUACUGGGAAGAUCGCGCUAAACUGAUAAAAAGUGAUCGGAGUAUCGCCGUGGGUUCUUCCUUAGUACUAAACACUAAGGAAGAAGCGGCCAAUGAAGUACUCAUGGGGUACAAAUUCAAAGAGUACGAUUACGGUUUUGCUAACCCGGGUGAGUUUUUGCCGGCUCAGCACUUCUUCAAGGGCAAGGCUAAAGUUGAAAGAUCCGAGGUCUUCAAAAUCAUUAAGAAACUUCCAAAGGGAGCAUCUCUUCACUGUCACGAUACUGCCAUAGGCUCUAACGAGUACCUCUUCAACUUAACAUACAAGGACAACCUAUACGGCUGUUGGAAGAACGGAAUAUACUUGUUGUACUUUUUCAACGAAACUUCCGUCGGUAACGACUGCGACUGGCAACGUCUAAGCACACUUAGGUCUUCAAACGAGAGCUUCGACACUUUCCUGAAAUCGCAGCUUACUCUCGUGGUAGACGACCCUGACUCGGCUUAUCCCGAUUUGAAUUCCGUGUGGUCUGCGUUCAUGGGUAUUUUCGAGACAGUGGCUGGUCUGUUGGGGAACAAGGAUGUCUGGCAAGAGUACCUUUACCAAGUCCUGAAGGAGUUGUAUGAUGACAACGUGAUGUAUUUGGAGUUCAGGGGCAUUCUUCCGGAUAUGUACGAUUUGGAAGGGAAUACUUACGAGGGAGUGCAAGUUGUGGGGAUUUACUAUGAAACGGUGCAGAAGUUUAAGAAAGACUAUCCGGAUUUCCAAGGAGCUAGGUAUAUUUAUGCUCCCCGAAGGAAAGUCGACAAUACGACAGUCGAUGGGUAUGUCGAGUUGUGUCUGAAAUUUCUGGAGCUUUAUCCUGAUUUUGUGGCAGGAUUUGAUUUGGUUGGACAGGAAGAUCUAGGAUAUCCAUUGAUAGACUUCAUUCCCCAGCUCCUGAAACUCAAAGACAAGGGCACGAAAUUCUUCUUCCACGCCGGGGAAACCAACUGGAAUGGUGAAUCGACAGACUUAAACCUGUUCGACGCUAUCUUAUUAAACACCACUCGUAUCGGCCACGGGUACGCCAUCUUGAAACACCCUGCGUUAUACGACGUGGUGAAGGAGCGUAAGAUAGCUCUGGAGAUAUCCCCCAUCUCCAACCAAGUUCUGAAGCUAGUGGACGACCACCGGAAUCAUCCAGGGUCGAUUCUGAUAGCCAAUAACUUUCCCGUGGUGAUUACUUCCGACGACCCUAGCUUCUGGGGUUCCAACGGGUUGAGUUACGAUUGGUAUUUCGCGUUCAUGGGGAUGGCUAGCAGGAACGAGGACCUGAGGUUCCUGAAGCAGCUGGCCAUGAAUUCCAUCGAAUUUAGCGCUAUGGAAGAGGCGGAAAAGGAAGCUGCUUACAGCAAAUGGAGAAGCGAUUGGGAGAAAUUCGUCGAUGAUAUUCUUGUGGAUACGCCAACUGUGAUAAACAUACGGUAGUUUAAUGAUUAGUAGAGUUUACUUUGGUUUUAAGAUACUAGUGUACCUGUAAAAAAAUUGUUUAUAAAAGUUAUGUUACUUGUACAGUGCAAAAACAAGUAUUAAUAAAUUAUUGUUAAGAAAAUA